AUGUCUCGUCGGACAGCAGCCAUGUCGUCAAGUGAGUCUUCGAAUAGCGGUGUCGCUGCUUCGGGCGAUGGAGGUAAGUUUGGAUCACCAGCGGGUGCAAUUGUCCUGCAACAUGCUCACCCAUUGUUUGCAGGUCAGGAAAAGCAGAAGAUGCUCCUUUCGUCGGAGACGGGUCACUUUAGCUUGGUCAGGGCGUUGCAUCUUGCUGAUUUGGUGACCGAGCUUAAUGGUAAGAUCUGUAAGAACAACAUUAUCCGUCCUUUAAUGCUGACAGCGUUUGAUAGGAUUCUAUCUCAAACAGUCAUGUCCGUAUUCUCAUCAAUGCGUUACUGUCUAGGAGACCCACAUGAUCAUGGUGCUCUUUGGGCCGCUCUUGGUUUCAUGCCCUUUGGGUUAUUCUUUGAUUUUAUGGAUGGCAAGAUCGCGAGAUGGAGGAAGAAGUCGUCCCUCAUGGGACAGGAGCUGGACUCUCUGGCGGACUUGAUCUCCUUCGGUCUCGCACCGGCCGCAUGCGCAUUCGCUCUAGGAGCCCGCACCCUCGUCGACCAUCUUCUGUUAGCGUUCUUCGUCCUUUGCGGUCUGACGCGGUUGGCCCGAUUCAACGUUACCGUCGCUGUCCUUCCCAAGGAUAAGACCGGCAAGUCCAAGUACUUUGAAGGCACACCGAUUCCAACGACAUUGGGCAUCGCUUCGCUCAUGGCCUACUGGGUAUCUCAGGGCUGGAUUCUCAAGGAUCUUCCUCUUGGACUAGCCGCCCAGGGCACGCCAUUUGAAUUUCACCCCGUUGUCCUGCUGUUUGUCCUGCACGGCUGCAUGAUGGUCAGCAAGUCGAUAAAGAUUCCCAAGCCAUAG